AUGUCGUCGUAUGCCCUCUUCCUUCUCCUUGCCCUACCCUGCCUGUGGGCCAAGCCAGCGUCCACGAAGGACGGCCUAGACUUCCCGGAGUUCCAUGCCGCCUUCAACGGCGACAAGUUCCCAGCACCGCCCAAGAUCCUGCCGCUGGCCCCGCCACCGCCCCCAAAAAUCGUUCCAAUGGAGCAGGCGCCGGAUGAGAUUGACGAGGUCCUGGAGAACCUGAAGCACGGCCAGGAACCCGAUGUCAUUCAGGAUAUCGAAACCUUGCGGCUGAUGAAGCAUGUGUUGAGCAAACGGGAGUUUUACAUGGCCUUCAAGGUCGUCAUGGAUCGAUUGAAUGGGAAGGCUAGAGUAAGCGGAAGUCGGGGAAGUCCUUGCGGGUACUAGGCAGGCAAUAUGUAGUUCAAAUUGACUGUUGCUAUCAGUCUGUCGGGAAAAUAAUGUGGGUCUGUCGCGUUCUGAAAUCGCCCAUCAUCGACCAUUCGCGGCUGGAGAUUUGGUGCUCUACCGCGACGAGGCAAGAAAUUUUUGUUGCGAAAAAUCCACAUUAUUUUCCCGACAGACUGAUACUCCUACUAGGUCAUCAAAAAUUUGAAUUUUUUUCCUUUUUCAGAAAUACGCCCUGGAGCAACAGCAGAAGCAUGCUGAAUGGAUCAACCGUCUGAACGCCUCGUUGGGACUUCUCAGCCAAGAAUCGGUUGCCACUUUGUUGAAACUCGAUGUAAGCCAAGCCUUUAGAGCCUUGAAUGUUACAUUUUUUGUCAUCUUUUCAUACUUUUCUAGAACAUGCUUUUUUUACCAUGAAUUUAACAAUAUUGCAUCAUGUAUCAAAGCGACGAUCCUUCUCAAAGAUCGCAUGAUAAAAAUAGUCAGCAAAAAUUUUUACACUGAUUGCGAACGCUAUUAACCAACGUUCCAUUUCAGGCCAUCUACCGUAACGACGAGCAGACCAUCGCCGACGAAGAGAAGCGAAUGGCCGACGUUGUAAAGGACGUGUCAGAGGCCGUUCGAGAGGACCUCCGAGUGUUGGGCUUCAAACUGCCCGGUCUUUAA